UUUCUUUUUUUCACCUCCUUUUUAUUGAUAAUUUCUCUCGAAUUCUUGGCUCUCCAAUUUUCCAAUUACCCGUCGAUUAUUUCGCACGCUAGCCGCGGUCGAGCACGCCGGCGCCGGCGGUAUAAUUCCCCGGGGUUCUCUUUUCUACUCGCCAGAUCGGCUAAAUCGCCAUCAGGAGUUAGGGGUAGUUUGAUUUGGUUUGUUGCGACCAGAGGCGUGUCGAAAAGAGGAAAAAAAAGAAGAAAAAGUGAUGCCUGGGUCCUCCAGAUGAGAAUUGAUGUUAUUGACAGCAGGAGGAGGGUUUUUCUCUUCUUCAGCGUCCGGGUAUAGCAAUGGCUUGGCCCUUCUGCUCUUGGGUCAGAAGCACGAGGACAAGUCCAUGAGAGUUUCGCCGUGGAACCAUUACCAGUUGGUAGACCGAGAACCCGAUCCUGACCUCCAACUGGCUUCCACCAAGAACAGGCUUCCCCGCGGGUGCGCCUCUUUUGUCUGCUUUCGUGGCACUUCCGCAGGGCUCGACACACCAUCACAUUUGAAAGUUGGCCCUGUUCAACAACAGGAUGUCUUGCCAGGCUCUGUUGAUGCAAAUAAGAGUAAUGAUCAAACAAAUGAGGUUGACAAUGCCAAUAGCAAUGUAAGAAAGGUUGUUUUGAAAAGUAGUUUGAAGAAGCAAUUAAGAAGUGCUCAAGUUUCUCUUGAGGAUGUUAAUGAUUGUGGGGCAUCAGGGGAAAAGGAUGGCGAUAACCCAAGUCAUACAGAACAAAGAAAGGUGCAGUGGACUGAUUCUUAUGGUAGCGAGCUUGCCGAAAUCAGGGAAUUUGAGCCCAGUGAAACAAGUGAUUCUGAAGAUGAAUUCAGUAAUGGAGUCGAAAAAACUUGUGCAUGUACAAUUAUGUAGUUGGGUUAUUAUUUCAAGCUCUAAUGAUGCCAUCAAGUAAAAUUGCUAGCUAAUCCACCUUAAUAUUUGUUUUGGAAAUGCUGAGUUGAUUUGUGGGCCAAGAAGAAGGAAGUUCUUUUCGUUGUCUAUGAUUUUACAUUGAGAAUGGAAUGCAACCAAUUGAGAGGCUUUCUUUGUUGGUCAUCUUAGCUGGACUCAUCUUGUCUCUAUAUUAUAUAUUUAAUUUGAUAU